UCAUGAGUUCAGCUCUGUAUCUGAUCCUGCUUUUCUCAGCUCUGUGGACUCUCUCCUUCUGUGGGACUCGUCAGUUUUAUGUAGUGAAUGAAAAUAAGAACUGGAUCGACGCUCAGAAAUACUGCAGAGAGAAUUUCACUGACCUGGUUACCAUUGAGAGCCAAGAGGAGAUGAACGCUCUGAUAGCUUUUCUCAACGGGUUAACAGGGCAUUUCUGGAUCGGACUGAGGCAGAAAGAUGAGCACAGCGUGAGCAACUAUGCAGAUUUAAAGAGCUGGAUCUGGUCAGAUGGGAGUAGCUCCUCAUACAGAUACUGGAACAAGGAUGAGCCAAACAAUGGUGUGGGUGAUCUCUGUGUGCAGUUAUGGAGUAGCCCUGAAUACAAAUGGAAUGAUGAACGCUGCACAUGGCCAAAUCCAUUUAUCUGCUAUAAAGCUGUUCCACUCAUCCUGAUUAAAGAGGAGAAGACAUGGAGAGAAGCUCUGAGAUACUGCAGAGAGAAUCAGGUGGAUCUGGUUUCUGUUCACACUGAGAAAAUGCAGCACUGGGUGGAGUUCGUUAUUAAUAAUGCCACCACUGCUAAUGUGUGGAUGGGUCUGCGUCACACCUGCACCCUGAGCUUCUGGUUCUGGGUGAGCGGAGAGUUCGUCUGCUACCAGAACUGGGCUCCGGGGAACGGGACAGAGGUGGAAGACUGCAGUGGAGGAGAAAGAACAGGAGCGGUGCAGUCUGGAAGUAAGCAGUGGGUCAGUCUGCCAGAGAAUCAGAGACUCAACUUCAUCUGCACCACCUCUGAGGGUGAAGGAGAGAAAUUACCAGUUGACAUGUAAAGCAACUGAAUCUUCUUUGAUUCUUUUGUAAGGACUAAUUGUUUACUUUAUAAAUAAUUAACUGCAUUUAUAUAUUACUGCACUAUAAUAUCCUGAUAUCUGGUGCUAAAUGCAUUCAGUUAAACUGCCUGAAUUCUAACUAUGUAUUAUUCACUUAUUCUUCUACUCUAUAAAGCACCACUGAUAAGUAAGCUGUAAAAAUCACUUUCAAUAUAAUUAUCACAGCAGAUUUUCUCUUUUUUCCAGAAAGUAAAAUGGCAAUGAUAGUUCAACUGAGAUCACAUCUCUAUUUGCCCAAGAAAACAUUCAAAUUAUUACAAGCAGAGCUUAACAGUCAAUGAAUACUGUGAGAGAAAUGUGAAAAUGUAGUUCAUUUUCAAGUAACCAUUGUCAGAGUUUUUGCCCAGGUGCCUUGGAUUGUUUAGUUUCUUAUCUAAAAUUGAAAGAAACUGCCAUAAAGAAUGAGUUUUGUGAUUAUAGUGCAUUCCAAAAGGCACAAACAUCUGCAGAUAUAACUUGUGCAGGCUGGUUAUAUUGUUCAAAUGUUGAAAAGUAUUCAGACAGCCCUUAGAAGAGCUCUGCCAACAGAAUGUUCAGGAGAGGCUGCACAAGAGCUUAAUUUCACCAUGCUCAGUGCCAGCUAGGGGGGUAAAAAGCCCCCCAGCAUGGGGCUGUGGAGCAAUGUAACUGCUCUCUGGAGCGAUGGAGCUCCAUCGAAUAUCUUUCAAAUGAGUCGCAGUGAUCCAGAACUGAUUAUCCAACAUCAGUACCUGACCUCACUAAUGCUCUUGUAGCUGCCAUCAAAUCCUCACAGCAGUGUUGCUACAUCUAGUGUAAAGCCUUCCCAGAAAAGUAGAGGCUGUUACUGCAGCAAAGAGGAUCUCCCUAUUAAUAUCCCUCCAGUUCAAAAGAAACACUGCAUGAGCAGGUGUCCACAGACUUUUGGACAUAUAAUGUAUCUGUUUAUUUGGUAAUGCCCCUGUUGUUCCAGGUAUCUUUGGUUUCACCAAAAGAAUAUCUUUGUUAAGAUGCUGUCAGAAGGGUAAAAGCAUUUUAACUGCCUUGAUCGGGUGCCCGACUGCUUGCCAGCCUUUUGGACCGUUUUGACCACCAUUGAACUUCACGCUGUACAACACUGUGCAAACUAUCUAAUUAACCACUGCUCCACCUGUUUUUCCCCAUUUUGUAUUCUAAUAUUUUAUACUAACGCUGUUUGCUAU